UUUAAACGGGACGGCAUGGAAGUGAAGACCCGAAAAAAAAAAGGCAAAAAAGAAAAAAAAAAGGGAAGAGAGAAAAUCAGAAAAAUGGAGGAGAUAAAGAUUUUGGGACAUCUCUUCCACAUUUACCCUUCACUUAAAGCCAAUCCUCUCUCGAGAGACUUCUUCUUCUUCUUCUUCUUCUUCUUCUUCUUCUUCUUCUUCUUCUUCUUCUUCUCAACUCCAUUAUCUAAUUCUAGGGUUUUUCUCUCCUUCUUCUUCGCACUUCUCUUUCUCUCUCCCGCCGCUUGUUUCUUCUUUCCCUCGAAACACUGGUGUUACUGUGAGAUUCUCGUUUGAAUUUAGGGGAUUUCUUAACGAAUUCACUGAGAAGCACUAAUUGCGAAGGUGUUGUUAGAGGUAUUUUGCUGCAUCUACGCUUGUCCUGAUAAUGGAGGACUCUGGAGGUUCUGCUUCUACUUUAGCUGGCUUUACGGGUAGGAGAAGGAGAAGCGCUCUGCCUCGUCGACCCCGCGAUAUUAAAGGGAGCUUGCAUAGUUUCAAGUUUCUGCCACCCUCAACGCAGACAAACACUGCUCUUAGCAAUGAAGCUAACCCAAGUUUUAGGAAUACCAAUAGUUUAUGUGGGUCUGUGAGUGAGAACAAACUGAAAGUGAAGCUUAAGCUUGGUGCUGGUGUUACCCGUACGUUGCAAACCAACUCUGAGGCGGGUACUUAUACCAAAGCUUUGGAUAAUGGACAAAAACCAUUUCAAAGUAAGGUAAAAGGCAAUGGUCAUGUUCAGAAAACACUGUUUCUAGGAGAUAUACAUCAAUCUAGAGGAUAUCCGUCUAAGACUGAGAAUGGUGCGUCCAUGUCCGAGAAGAGCAAACGAGGUCUUAAGAAACGUGUAUUGGAUCCAGAGCCAGACAGUGAUGAUGGAGAUGAGGAAAUCAGAUACCUCGUAAAGUUAAAGUCUAAAAGGGUCGGGGUCUCUCAUGAAGGUAAAGAGAGUGAAGGAGGCAGAAGGAUACACAGCAGUGGUCAUGACAUGGAAGACGGAAAACAUCUCUCAUCAGACAAACUUGCUGUGUCCGGAAGGAAAAAGCCGGUGAUGGGAAUGGUUGAUCCGCUCCCGGCAGGAGAAACAAGCGGACAAAUUCCUACUACACGUACUCGGGCUCUCCAAUCUGGAAAGGAUCCACAUUCUGUCAUCAGGUCGAGUUCUCUUGAGUUCCCUGAUGGCUUACCUUGCCCCUCAUCUAAAAGACCAAAACAGAAGCUUUCUGAGGUAGAGCAACAAUCCAAGAAGGCCGAAGCUGCACAGAGACGGCGAAUGCAGUGUGAGAAGGCUGCCCAAGAAGCCGAGGCUGAAGCUAUCAGGAAAAUACUCGGACAAGAUUCUGGUAGAAAGAAAAGAGAGGAGAAGAUAAAAAAACAACAGGAAGAACGAGCUCAGGAGAGAGCUGCAAGAUCAAGCACACUCGCAUCAAACACUAUCAGAUUGGUUAUUGGUCCAAGUGGAACAACUAUGACAUUUUCUGAAGACAUUGGUCUUCCAGAUAUCUUCAAGCCAGUCACGUACAGUUAUCCUCCUCCGCGAGAGAAAUGUGUGGGACCAAAUUGCGAGAAAGCGUACAAGUACAGGGAUUCAAAGUCGAAGCUGCCAUUAUGUAGUCUCGGAUGUUACAACGCCAUUCAAGAGAAGAUGGAACAAGCACUGAUUCAUUGCUAAUUGCUCAACUUAUUUAACACAUAAUUGUUGCUUAACUCUUGUCCAAUUGACCUUUACAUUUCAGUUUACUUGAUAUCCAUAUCCAACAGGACGAUCAAAAUCAAAGUCAAUACGAGUUUUGUUGCUAGACAA